AUGGCGGGCGCCGGAAAUGGCGGCAGUGGCAGGCCGCCGCCCUCGCGAGCGUCGACGGCCGGGGGGGCAAAUGGGGAAAUCACCCUUUUUUCUGACGAAUUGUUUUCUCGUCGCUCUGCACCAGUUGGCUUUGCGAGCGGAGCCCCUGGCGCUUCGAGUAAAACGCAUGCGCCUCUCAAGAAGUCCGAUUUUGUCGAGCCCCAAGUUAUUGACGAAGAAGUUUUGAAACACGGCGUAGUCGUGAAUUCGUCCAAGCCAGUAGACGAACCGGCGGACCCAAGAGACUUUGCAGCCGCUGAGAGUCUCACGCUCAGUUACAAAAACAUCAUGUUCAUCGCAAACCUCGAGACAUUCACAGGGCUGACGACGUUGCGCCUCGACAACAACAUUAUCGAGAAGAUUGAGAACUUGGAUCACCUCGUGAACCUGGAGUGGCUAGAUCUGUCUUUCAACAAUAUCUCCGAAAUCAGCGGGUUGUCGAACUUGAAGAACUUAACGGAUUUGUCUCUGUACUCCAAUAAAAUCUCAAAGAUUGGACCAGGGCUAGAAGGCUGCCCCAAGUUGACGGUCUUGUCGCUCGGGCGGAACUCUAUCGCCGACUUGUCGCAGAUCAAUCUUCUACGUAGGCACCCGAGACUCCGGUGUCUGAAUCUGGAGGGAAACCCGAUUUGCAAGGCGGAAAACUACACGCCGCACAUUCUCGCGUUUUUGCCGAAACUUCGCUACCUGGACUACCAGCUGAUCGACCGGCGGAAGAUCGUCGCAGCCCAAGAAUCUGUGCAGCCAGAGGAGUUGAAUGAGAUGAAAAAACAGGAAAGCAUCGAGGCUGCGCUGGUGGAGCAACAGAAGAAACGUGAGAAAACGUUCCAGCACCUGGCAGCAAACCUCUGCGAAUUCCUCGACAACGUCGCGAAUCGAUUCUUCGGCGACACAGCAGUUCCCGUUGCAGUAACGGUUCUCAAAGAUUUCCCUCUCCUUAAAGAGGCAUACCUUGAAAAGCUUGAGAUGCUGACGACGAGUCUCAGGCAGACUUUUGAGCAGCGGAAUGCGGGGCGGCGCCAACGCGUCUCGGCGUACGAGGCUGCGGUGCGGAGAGCGGUGUUGGAGAGCGAGGCCGAAGCGCGCACGUUACUGAAGCAAAUGCAGAGAAGGAAGAAGAAAGUCGAGAAGGAGCUCGAGUCGUACUUGGGUGAACGCCGGGAGAUCCUCAACCGAAUCUCCGCGGCCAGCGCGAGGCCUACCAAGCUCCUUUCGCCGCCGCUCGCGCCUACUCAGAACGAGGACUCCUCGCGUUUGGCGCGCCACGAAGACUUCCAGCGCCUGCUGCAGACGCGUGGCCCUGAGCUCUUUGAGGCAAUUGACGGAUUCGUCGCGGACGUGGAUGCCUUGCGGUUUCACUUGUUGACAAGUGAAGCGACGCUGGAAGAGAGCUUGGAAGAGAGCGCUGACACGCUCGAAGCCGCCGUGGAUGCUACCAUGAAGUUCCUUCUGGACCGCGGCUCUGACUUUUUUCGCAACCUCGAGGAGACCGAGAAAAACUUCAGCAGCAGCCUCCUGGAGCUCGCGACCGCCGAACUCGACGCAUUCCCCGCAGUCAUGGACGAAGAAACCAACGAGCUGAGGCUGCAGCACCUCGCAAACAAAGACGAAGUCUUGGCCGCGUGCAGUUCGUUCCUCGAGGCACACCUUCAGCACCUGAUGUCGAUGGAGGACCUCAUGCAAAACGCGAUAAGCACGUGGCAGCGGCAGUACUUUGAGAAUGAGCGGCAGACGCAGUACGAGCGGAGCCGGAAGCACAUUUUGGAGAUCCACGAGGCCGCCGAGGAGCUGAAGGCGAAAAUUCUCCACUGCCGAGGCAUUCUCGUGCGCGAUCGAGACGACGUCCGCAGGCACCGCGCGGGCGCGCGCAGCGACAGCGAAGGCCCCACACCCGACGAAGAUGACGAGGAAUGCGCCGAAGGCGACAGCGCUUCAGAAUCGCAGGACGAAACCGAAGAAAGAGAGUCAGACGGAGAAAAUGCGGCCGACAGGGACCCCUAG